GUGAAUUAUGUGAAGUUAACCACUUUAUACUUUUCAGUUGGAGCAAGCUUCCCUCAAAAACAAAAUGGCGAGCGGCGCCUCGUCCGCCAGUGCCGCGCCAUCACCGGUGGAAGAACGUCUGGUCGACUACUUGCUGGUUGUCGGUUUGCAACGAGAUGGCCAGGGAACCUUGGUGACCAAAGCCGCGGGCCGGCGGGGCGGCUCAAACGCACAGCAGAGCUUGUUGUACAAGCCUGUGGUGCAAGCCCGGUUCCCCGGCAAAGACUACACGGACCGACCCAUUGCGCCGAUGCUGCCGGACAUACCUGACUUCGUCUUUCCCAGCGGCGUUCCGGCCUCCUCGGCAAAGCGCAAACCCGACCUGGAGCCCUACGUGUUCAGCUUCGUGCUGACCACGCCCACCUACGACAACUACUACGUGACCUGCUUGGUGGCUUUCGAAAGCGAAAAGCUGCCGUACACCUCGCGGCGCCGGCAAUCCCUGAAGCGAUGGGCGUCCUCGUCGACCAGUGGGGGCGGAACCGGUGGGGAUGCCGAUGGAAGCCUCAUUGAGCUACAACCGGAAGACGAACAGAACGACCAGAGUCUGCAAACGGCGGAGAACCAGGCCGAUAGCCCGGACGCGCUGUUCGUGCCGAAAGCGAUUUGUCUGGUCACGAAAUAUCCGUAUCUGCAAGGCUGCCGGGAUUUCCUCUCCGAACUCCUGCGUCUCGCCACGACGCCGUCCGCUUCUGGUGGGGGUGCGAGUAAGCGAAGCACCAGCACGAGUGCAGUCGCACUAUCGGCUGGGGAGCGGGAUCAGCGCAGUUCCUCGGACCACGCGGGUAGAAGUACAACUGGUACUACGAAUAGUGAACAAGUUGCAGUGAUGCAGGAACUGGAGCAGUUGUUUCAGCAGGAUGGUGGCAAGCAACGGGAUUUCCUGCUCACAUACAACCUCGCCUAUCUGCUCUACGAGAUCCCUCUCCCAACCGUGCACAACAACCUGCUGUCCUUCACAAAGUCCACGCAGACGCUCUUCUCGCUCGGCUACCACCUCCGGAAUUACAGCGUCUUAGACCCCGCGUCGCUGGCCCGCGACUUCACCUUCCGGCCGCUACUCGGCUGUUUGAACGUGAAGAACCUGGUGUACCUGUUCUUCCUGCUCCUCACCGAGAAGAAGAUCGUGCUUGCCGCGUCCAAGCGCUCGCUCUCCUUGCUCACGCUGAUCUCCGAAGCGGUCAAGGCGUUGCUCUUUCCCUUUCAGUGGCACCACGUCUACAUCCCGACCCUGCCGCGGCACAUGUGGAUCAUUUUAGAAUGCCCCACCCCCUUCCUCGUAGGCGUGCACCAUGACAGCAUCACGGCAAUCGUGCGGGCGUGUCCCAGUGACGUCGUGGUGUUCGACUUGGACAACGACGAGGUGGCCUUUAACGCUCCGUACGCUAUGAGCAAUAGCGCGAUGAACAAGCAGGACCCAGAACAGCCCGCAGACCAGCAAGCGGGGGAGCAGCAGCACGAGUUCGCGUCGAGCAAAAACAUGCCGUGUGUGUACCAAGACUGCAUGCCAAUUAUCGUCCCGGAGAGCUUCCUGCGCUUCUUUCAAGCGCAGCUCCGGAACGCAGCGUUGCACGAACGGAGUGGGGCGGGCGGCACCGCAGCGCAGAACCAAUGGAAUCACUGCCACUUGUUGAACCACGCAGCGACCACCAACGCUCCGGCGCUCUCGCCCGCUGAGGUUAGAAGCAAGUAUUAACUUCUGAUGCGUUAUUUUUGUGUUUUUCAUGUCACCAAGAAGUAGGAGAAUUUUUUCAACUUAAAUGAAAGCUUGAUUCUGUAACUAUGCCCCCCACACGAUAAACCUUUGACGUAUAAUUUGAAUGAAUUGAAUUCAAUCCUCUCAGCCGUCGUCCGCAGCGCAGACGGAUCGCACGGACGGCUCCUUUCGCGGCAACAGCAGCCAGGACGAGACGCGUGUCCGGUCGAAGCUAAUUGCGACGUUUUUGGAGGCCACCCUGCGUUUGUUUUGGAACUACAGCGAUUACCUGGUGAAAAGUGUGGAAACCACCUCCUCCGGUAAGCGCCCGAGUUCCGCGGCUAACCAAACGGUCCGCUUCUCGUUCGAUGACGAGAAAUUUCUGGAGAAACUUCGGCCCCCACACCUGGUCAGUUCCACCGACGAUGCGCAGCAGCUCCGCGUUCUGAUCGCGUCGUUUCUGGAAUCCAACGCAUGGGAGCACUUUCUCACUGAGGCGGUCGUAGGGACGAGCACGCGGUCGCGAAUACUGCACGAUUUGUGUGAGCGUUAUCGCGAGCGACAGGCGGACUACGACGCGCAGAGUGGAAGCUCGAGCUCCCGGCUCUCCGAUUCGUUGCGCGGCUGGAUCGAGGCCAUGCACGAACCGCAGCACACCAUACUGGCCGCGAAGCCGGCCUUUGUACACGACGACAACAUCGCUGCGGCCAUUACUGGUGGUACUGGAAAUUCAUCAAAGCAUCUCACUCCUCCGGACAGCAAGGAUGUAAACUCGCCGCGAGGCGCCGCUGAAAACAACGCAGUGACAUCAACACGAACGGUAACGCCCCUGACCUCGCAGCUCGCCUGUGUGUUGCCCUCAGACAGCUUCCUGUCAAUUCGGAGCUCGUGCCACGCCUUCCUGCAUUUGAACCUCACCGGGACACGGCAAUCGUCGGGCGAGCCCGCGACCGUUCUCAGCAGCGCCGUCGCUUUACUGGAAGCACCCCCUGACCGGGAAAGUUAUACUCGGGAUUUUCACGAUGUGGCGGCGACUCACAAACUCCCCACCAGUGCGGCGGAACUCUUCUGCGACUCGAUGAAGUAACUUUUGACUUUUCUUGUUGUUGUUUUGUAAGAGUUUGGAAGUUGGGGUCGAUGAAGAUGCUAUUCUGAAAAGUGGAUCGCUAAGAUCAUCGCAAUAAAGAUCAUUCUACAACUGUCUCCCUCCAGGGCGUACUUCCAGAAGAAGCGGCUCGCCGUCGGCAAACUGUCCCUAUUUCAGCGCGUGAUGCAGGUCCUCUGUGAGGACCCGCGGCCCAUCGCCCAGCCCGGACCUGCGAUGGCAGGCACCGGUCCCGCAACGUCCACGUCUCCGCGAAAGUCACAAAGCUCCACGACUCCGCGCGGCUCAACUGGGCGCCGUACACGCGGCAGUAUGACGACCGGGGAUUUGAGUACCAAGGACGAGGACAGCGCGGCCUCCGCAAAAUCACCCCGCACCAACCGGCGAACCACGACACGAGCAGGAGCUGCCACUUCCGUCACAGAUCCAAAACUUGACGAGGAUUGCCGCUUCCGAGUGUACAGUUGCCUCUCGGGGAUCUCCGAAGUUGGGGAGCUGCCUUUCUGGGAAGUCUUGCGCGAAGCGGCACGCGCACCCCUGGCGCCCGCGCAGGAGCCGCUGACGAUUUUCGCACGGGGGAAAACGAUCACGCCGACGUUCACACUGAGCCCAGAGGCCUCGAAGGUGCCACAAAACGCGGUGCCAAGCUCCCCGAAGGGCCGCCGUGUCUUCGUCUACCGCAGUUUCCGCCAGGUCUUGGCACGACUGGAGGACGAGGACCUGGCACAAUUGCGCUCAGACACACUGAAGCUGACCGCGCCAGACUUGUACUGGGUUUUGCACCUCUACUUCAGUUUGAAAAUCGAGGCGCUGGGGGUAUUGAUGUUUGUUUCUGUUUUGUUCGAGGAACAAGGACGAGGAAGUUUCACGCCCAUCUUUCGUGUGAUUGAUGCAUUGUGCUAAUUCUUCAUGAAGGACGAGACGAGUCGGUCUUUUCUCUCUAAACUGCUCAAAACAAAAAUCAAACGUCGCAACCUCGAGCGCGAUCCUUCAAAAAUUGCGGGUUUUCAUUUCAUUCAGUCCGACGGAGUUGCGCGCGUCUUCACGAUCGCGGAGCUUUGCCGCCACUACUUGGAGCAAGCGAAACUCGAAGUGAUUGAUGCGACCUUUAUCGAUGUGGCGAACAAGCCCGCCCCGUUUCGUGCCGCGGACUAUAACACAACCAUUCCGCCAGGUGGGGCUAGCGUCGUGCCUGCGGACGGAGGCGUUUUCCGCGUGGCCGACCACUGGGACGGCGCCGGCGAGAUGCACCUUGGCAGCCCGACUACGCUGACCUACGGAGAAACGGUCUCGGUCUCGCCCACCAGCAAAUCCGCCGCGGUCGGGGACGUGGCGCUGGCCCGACCAAAAACGCCCGGAGAGCUCCUGGCGCAGAUUCGGGGCGCGGCCAGUGUGCGUCGCAGCCGGAGCGCCGGACAGGCCAGUCCGCGGCUGGUGAGCGGGGCCCUCGCUUCCUCCAGUUCGACCGCGUCCUCGCGGCAAGGCGCGCCGGCCGCAGGACAACUGCUCCCAGCCCAGGACAGCACAGGAACGGCCCGGGGCAGUCGUACGGCUGGAGCCAGAGGACCAGCAUACCAAAUGGAUCCGGCCUACGGGACCUUGGCUUCGGUGCCCAAGCCCGGUCGGCGUGGCCGCCCGCCGCGCCCCUAUAAUGCCGCAGGAGCAGGUACUACUACGCGGGGUACGAGAGCAGGUGGGCGGGGGACGAGACCGCAGCACCCCCUGGUGGCUUGCAGACUCGACAACGUUGUCGAGUCUCCGGCCUUUGGCGCGGCGGGUCAGAAGCCCCGCCUGAAACAAAGCGAGAGGGCGCUCAAUCAGGCACCCGUGGAACUGGACCCCGAGUUCGCCCAAGCGCUUUCUGAAGCAAGGACGACAAAGAACUGGGACUUGCUGCAACCGUACACCAAGCAGGCGGAUGAGGAACUGGUCGAGGUGCGGUUUCUGUUCGACGGAUUGCGCAGUAAGCGCAAAUCCCACAACUGGUACCUGGCACACAACCGCAACCAGCCCUUCGCCGGAAGUACCACCGAGGAGGCUGCGCGACGGCACAUGCAGAGGUCGAGCCGCAGCCCGGAUGUUCUUGCAGGUGGUCCGCCAAUACGAAAGUCCUACGCGCACGACGGGUGCGCGUUUGUCACAGGAGCCAACCACUCGCCCCCGCGGCUCAGCGCAAUAAAAGAGCGCACCACGACGGGAGUCGAGCCUUUUGGCAGCCCUGGCAGUCCUCGAGCACCGGGCGCUGCAGCGGCAACAAAUAAAGGCGGAGGGUCGGUGCGGUUACCGCGCUACGGACGGUGUUCGUACAUCCAUGGCGGGAAGGAAGUGUACACAGACAACUUUGCCCCGGUGCGCGACGACGCGGAUUCGCAGCUGCCCUCCGUCACGGUUGACAUUACCCACGAGACCGCGCCGAGCGUCCGCCGAAUUCGACGGCAGUCAACGACAGCAACGGUGGAUAUUCACGGAACCGCCGAAGCACAACCAGGUGGCACCGAGCUCGGAGAAUUCUUUCCCGAGGACUUGCAAAUGCUCGUCUCCUCCUCGUCGGCCAUGCGGAUCGCUCCGAGCACCCAGUCUGGAUCCGGGCUGAAAGCUUCCUCGAGCCACGACACGGUAUCUUCCUCUGCUGGCCGUCCGACAAGAGGCGCCUGGGAGCGGCGACGUGACCACUUGAGCGGCCGUCGUUCUGCGGCUCGCGCCACGCCACCGCCGCUCGAAACGGAUGGAGGGGCCCGGCGUAGCUCGCCCACUGGGUCUCUGGCAUCACGUGGCGUCGGGGCAGGGACUUCACACAUACUACAAAGUGCGGGUUCGUCAUCGUCCGACUGGAUAGAACCGAGCUACUGGUGGCAGGGAGUGAAGCAGCAAAUCCAGCGCGCGCAGCUGUACCAAAGCCAGUACGAAGUGGACGAGGAGAUACGCCUGUCCCGAGAAAUCGAGGCACUAGAUCAGGCCCUGAGCGGUAGGUGCAACGUGGCUGAUGUUGGGACUUCCUCGUUGGGCUGAUGUUGGUUGUUCUCUCACAACUUCUUGCGUGAGAAGGAUUCAAUAGGGGUUGUCGAGCGACACCUGUUGGAUUUGACUUUUUCGUUGACGCGCAAGAAGAAAAAAGACGAAAGAGCGUAUCAACGUAGCAUAAGUGGCAGUACCUGGAGCUGGGGUUCUCCUCCUGCAUGACAGGUUCAUCGUCUGUUUUCUGAUUCUG